GGAUAUCCUUACUGAUGUCGUGCUUUCCUUCUAGCGUCGCGACUACGAACGGUUGCCAGUACCUCGCGAACCAACGACCCGGACGACGCACCCCUUGACCCGUCCGGUAGUCAGUCUGAACCCCAAGCAAUAGGAGCGUGACUUCCCUGUCGGAAGUCUGCGACUUUGGCGACAGCUCAGCCACGUCGCUGUAGCGCAUAUUCUAGACGGAAUGGACAGAGACGAGUCGACUUCAACCGCAGCGUCCGGGGGCCCUUCGAAUUCGCGGCUUCCUGUGGAGGUCUGUGAACAGAUCAUCGACUACAUAGCUGCGGGAUGGGAUAUGGGCUAUACCGUCAGAAAGGGCGAGCCACAUCUGUCCACUCUCACAUCCUGCGCGCUCGUAUGCCAAGACUGGUACUACCUGACAUGGUACCAUCUGCGUCAAAUCAUCCAUCUACGAGACCGGAAGGAUGUUCUGUCGCUCUCGAAGACACUCCGCGCGAAACCGCGCCUCCGUGAGGUCAUUCGACAGAUCGUUAUAUCGGGUGCCUUUCCCGGGGAAUGUCACCCUAUCCGGCACCUGGGGACGUUUGCCACCAUGCUCGCGGGCAAACUUCCGAUGUUGUGGAGGAUCACCAUUGAAGACGCUGAAUGGCCCACCGGCUCGGUCCGAAUGGAGGACAUCGGCUACCUAGCUACGUUUAGCUCCAUCAACACUCUGGUCGUCCGCAAUGUCAUCUUGUCGAGCGCUGCCCAGCUAUCCCGCCUCGUCUCAGCACUCCCGUGGCUUAGGAAGUUGUGGUGCAACAGUGUCAGUUGUUUGCAAGAACAGCAAGUCUCCCCAGCCUCUCUCCCACUGAACUCUGCAAAUAUGGAGGAAAUGGAUGUGCGAUGGGUUGCACCAGCAGUCGAAGACCUCUUCGCGCAGAUCAGCCGGGCUUCUCGAGUGCGUGAAUUCAAUAUUGGGGUGGACGACCAGUCGGAUCCAUCCUCGGCAGUUAGCAGAAGCCAGACUUUGCUGGAUGCGAGUUCCACAUCUGCGGAAAAGGUUGGGCUCGAAAUUGUCAGUUCUCCUAUUAUUGAUGGUACAAUUGAUGCCACGGUCGGAAAGUUUUAUUAGUUCUCUUCCUCGCCACUUCGCUGAUUGCUUUGUGCCUACAGAGCAACACUACAACCUUUCACGCCACGACCAUCUAUGGAGGUUGGAUAUCUACCUGAAACGC